CCUACUUGCUUAUAUAUAUGUAACGUUCAGUUCGAGAAAUUCUUGCCAACAUUCUUGAAUGAACAUUGUUCUUGUUCUAAUUCCGUUCAAAUCUUAAAAAUUAUCUAAUAUCAUUUAUUUGUUAAUAUUUUGUACUUUUUGAAUCCACAUGUGCGUGUUCAAGGUGGCGAAUUCAAGACCAAACAAUUCUCAGAGCAUAGAUUGGUUGGAGUCAUUACAUCCGGGAUUUAACAGAGAAGAAGAGAUGUCAGCAAUGGUGUCAGCUUUGACCCACAUGGUGGCGGGUAAUGUAAGCCAAGAGGUUGCGCAGCCUCCAGAUGGUGGAGAUCGAGGUGGCCGAGCGAUAGUGAGUGAUGGUUCUUCUUCAUCUGCAUGUUCUUUGGGUGUUGGAGAUAAUAAGAGAAAAAGGGAAGAGAAUAGCAGCAGUCAUGAGCAUGUUUCUGGAUCAGUUGCGAGAGUUUACAGGGCUUAUAAUGAUUUUACCAUUGGAGGUUCUGAAAUAGCAUCUGGUGCAGAAGGUCCAAGCACAGGAAGAAACAUCAUAACAUCAACAGAAGCAGUAUAUACAUAUUGCACUCCCACAAAUGACAAUACAGAAUCCCAUGGAACAAGAAAAUACAGAGGAGUUAGACAGAGGCCAUGGGGCAAAUGGGCUGCAGAAAUAAGGGAUCCCCAUAAAGCUUCUAGGGUCUGGUUAGGCACAUUUGACACGGCAGAGGGUGCUGCUAGGGCAUAUGAUGAAGCUGCCCUUAAAUUUAGAGGCAACAAAGCAAAACUAAACUUCCCAGAAAAUGUUAGGCUCCUGCAGCUAAUCCAAUCACCAGCACCUAAUAAUAUUGUUUCAGUUUCUACUUUAACUGAGCCAAUUGUUCACACUCAUCAAGUUCAAUAUCCCGUGGAGAAUAUGAACUCCAGCUCACAAGUUCUGAUGAAUCUUGAUGAUAUUCCAAUGCAGCCUGCAGGGAGUUUAUGGGAUCAGUUAAUGUUUUCAUCUUCACCCUCGUCGUUGUCUACUUCUUUUCCAGUGUUUUUUCCGGUUAUUCCGCAGGGCAAUGUUGGUCCAGAGGAUAAUCGAAGAAGUGGAGCUGAAAUUUCAAAGCCGGAUUCAAAUCAUCAGACUUCUUCAGGAUGACCUGAUCUGAUCAGACUAGUAUAUUGUAUCAGUUUAUUUGAUUCUUGGUUUCUGGAUUAGUAAUUUUCAGCAUGAUUUUUGAUGGGUUGAUCAAUUUAAAGGGGAAAAAUGGAUAUAAUGUGGCUAGAUUGAUACAA